CUGAAAAGCAGCCCGGCGCGCGUAGCGGGGAGGGCGGGAACCCCCGGGGUAGAAAGCAGGCCUGGCUCGGCCUAGGCCCCCCGCCCCAAACAUCUCCAGCGAUGGGGAGUGCGCAGCGUCCCCGGGCGCCUGGUCCUCUGCCUCCCCGCUCUCACAGUGAAGACCUUUCCAGAACGAUGUUGCCUUCCAAGAGAGUAAAGGACUCCUUUGGGGAAAUUAAAGAAUUGACUCUGCUGUUCCUAAAGCGACAGCGUACUAGCAACUGAGAGAACACCUUGGCUUGUUACAUGCAAUGAAAAAGUAGUUCUGUGGUUGGUGUCACCUUACCGAACAACUCUGAGAGGGGAUUCACAUCAUAAAGAACUCUCUGCUUGGAGAGGGAAGUCUUCCUUUUCCUUCAUAGGCUCAGAGGACUCUCUUUCUUCAGCCCAACCAAAGCUCACAGCCCCUUCUUGCAGACAACCAACUUCCAGCCAAAGCCUCAUUUCUGUUAGUGAGCCAUAAAUACUGCUGUUUCAUUGACAGUAGUGGAUGUAUUUGGGCAGUCAGAGAUAUUUGCUUUUUCUCUAGGGACUGGGCAUACUGUUUCCAUGGUGCUUCCAGCCCUCUGACAGCUCAAGGAAAGGGAGAAUAAUAGUUAUUCCUGUGCCCACCUAUAUAAUGCAGGUAUCAUCAUCACUGAGGCAACCUGUGUGGAAAAAAAGUGCUGUUAGGUCUGCCCAUAUAUUGACCUCCAUCCAUGUUAGAAGGAAGAAAAUGGGUAAAGGAAAGAAAGGGAGGUACUGUAUAUAGAAAGGAUGACAACCGAAAGAGUGAAGGGGAAAAUAUUCCAGUCACAAAUCAGCCCAGGCAUUUCACAGCAGGUUUGGUUCCUAGCCGCAUGACCUCUUGAUGAUGCAAGAGAUUAGUCACAGGACUGUAACGGAAGGACAAGAUGGCAAGAACCAGCCACAGCAACUAUGUUCUUCAGCAGCUAAACAACCAAAGAGAGUGGGGUUUUCUCUGUGACUGCUGCAUUGCUAUUGAUGAUAUUUAUUUUCAAGCGCAUAAAGCAGUCUUGGCUGCCUGUAGCUCAUAUUUUAGGAUGUUUUUUAUGAACCAGCAACACACUACAGCCCAGUUGAAUCUCAGCAACAUGAAGAUUAGUGCUGAAUGUUUUGAUCUUAUUCUGCAGUUCAUGUAUUUAGGAAAAAUUUUGACUGCCCCGGCCAAUUUUGAGCAGUUUAAAGUGGCAAUGAACUAUUUACAGCUAUACAAUGUCCCUGAAUGUUUAGAAGAUAUACAAGACACAGACUCCUCUAGUUUAAAAUGUUCAUCUUCUGCUUCUACCACCCAAAAUAGCAAAAUGAUAUUUGGCGUACGAAUGUAUGAAGACACCGUUGCUAGAAAUGGUAGUGAAGGAAACAGGUGGUGCACAGAGCCGCCAAGUUCAACAGUAAACACAUCACAUCACAAAGAGCCUGACGAAGAAGCUUUGCAGCUCAGCAGUUUCCCUGAACAACUGUUUGAUGCGUGCAAAAAAAGCACUGUGUCCAAAUUCUCCAGCACAAAAGAGCGUGUGUCACAUUCACGACGCUUUGGAAGAAGCUUCACCUGUGACAGCUGUGGGUUUAGUUUUAGCUGCGAAAAGUUACUGGAUGAGCAUGUGCUGACAUGCACGAACAGGCAUCCAUACCAAAACGCCAAGUACUAUGGCAUUGAAAAAAUGGACUUCAGCGAAAAAGACUCUACUUCCAAAAACCUAUCUGCACAAAUACACAAGUGCAAAGGGGAUCCGAGCCAAGCAGCCGAUGGGUCUUUGUCUCCAGUGUCAAAUGUUACAAGCAGAAAAAGCAGCACAGUUGCAUCUGAGACAUCAGGUGAAGAGGGAAGCAGAGCUGCAGAGAGGAAGCGAAUUAUGAUCAAGAUGGAACCAGAGGACAGCCCUGUGGAUGAAAUGAAAGAGUUUAAUGUUAUUAAAGUGACAGAUAAAGACUGUAACGAAUCUACUGACAAUGAUGAACUAGAUGAUGAACCGGAAGAGCCACUUUACAGAUACUAUGAGGAAGAGGUCAGUGAAAAGAGAAGAGCUCGAAAAACUUUAAAACCCCGGUUAUUAAUGAACGAGGAGGAAAGAAAGUAUUUAAAGAGUGCAAGGCACCUUAGCAGCAAGAUCUCCCCAGUACAGGAAGAUACAGAGACCGGCCCCUGUGAACUGUGUGGGCUCACGAUUACAGAGGAAGACCUGUCCUCUCAUUACUUGUCGAAGCACAUAGAAAAUAUCUGUGCUUGUGGCAAAUGUGGUCAAAUACUGGUCAAAGGUAAACAGUUGCAGGAUCAUGCGCAGACAUGUGGAGAGCCUCAGGAUCUGACCAUGAACGGGAUAAGAAACUCUGAGGAAAAAAUGGAUUUAGAAGAGAAUCCUGAGGAACAGUCCGAAAUCAGGGACAUGAUGUUUGCAGAGAUGUUGGAGGACUUCAGGGACAGUCAUUUCCAAAUGAACAGUCUUCCCAAAAAACAGUUAUAUAAGCAUUCUACCUGUCCUUUCCGAUGUCCUAAUUGUGGUCAGCGUUUUGAAACUGAAAAUCUAGUGGUUGAACAUAUGUCAAACUGCCUGGACCAAGAUCUGUUUAAGAAUGCCAUUAUGGAAGAGAAUGAAAGAGAUCACAGACGAAAACAUUUCUGCAAUCUCUGUGGGAAAGGAUUUUAUCAGCGUUGUCACUUGCGGGAACACUAUACUGUUCAUACCAAGGAAAAACAGUUUGUUUGUCAGACAUGUGGAAAGCAGUUUUUAAGAGAACGCCAGUUGCGGCUCCACAAUGAUAUGCACAAAGGCAUGGCCAGGUAUGUCUGUUCCAUUUGUGAUCAAGGAAACUUCAGAAAACAUGACCAUGUACGGCAUAUGAUAUCUCAUUUAUCAGCUGGAGAGACUAUAUGCCAGGUCUGCUUUCAGAUAUUCCCAAAUAAUGAACAACUGGAGCAGCACAUGGAUGUUCAUCUGUAUACAUGUGGAGUGUGUGGAGCCAAAUUUAAUUUGAGAAAAGAUAUGAGAUCUCACUAUAAUGCCAAGCAUUUGAAAAGAACAUAAGUGUAAAUAUACUGUAUAGCAUUAAAUUGACAGCAGAGAAAACACCAAAGUGAGGCAUACAAUAUAUUAGUCAAAACUGAACGAGUUGUUGAAAACAAAUCUCUUCUUAAAGACCCUUUUAAUCAUAGGCGUCUUUGUUUAGGGUCAUUCAGUUAUAUAGCUUUUAAAAACAUCAAGUGUUUAAUUAUUACAUUUUCACUGUUUCCUAAUAGUUUCUGUUUUUAAUUUUAUUGUUUUACUAAGUAGAUAUGAUACAAAUCAUUAUUUUUAAACUGUAGAUUAAAAGCACAAUGUUAUCCCUUCACUGACUUCUAUUAAACAGUUCUCAGUUCCAUGUCAAUAAGAUGAGUGCUUUAAUAUUUCUACGUGUUGUUUCUUCAUGUGACAUUUUAGAUCAAGUAGCGAUUAACAUGGAGGUGGCAUAAUCAUCCCUAAUCUCAAAAUUAACUUUAAAAAAAAAAAGAAAUUUGAUGUCAGGAAAAACUUUGUUCUGUGACUCAGCUGUAAGUGCAGUGCUGGUGGUUCUCUGAGCCUCUGUCGGAAUUCGAACCAGUCAGGUUGCGGGGGCAAAGGGAAAGAAUUUAAUACUAUGUAGACUCAAGGAAUUCCCAUAUGAACAGCCAUUCCCAGGCAUGAAGUUCUAGCAGAACUGAAAUGGGCAUUUCCACUCCAGUGUUGCUACUUUCCUUCAGUUUUUCUCCCUAGAUAUUUAUAACUUGCUCAUUGCAGAGGUAUCUAAGUGCUGAAUUCUGCUACAAGAAAGGACUGGUGAGUUUCCUUAAUAAAUACAAAGAUAUUUUUUACUCCCUUUCAGAAUUUUCUUACUAUGAAAUACUCUCUGAAACUAGCGCAGUCCAGGCCUUUCAAAUCCAUGCCCAGUGCUUUAUCCAGGGUGUUACUUUCAGGGCUGUUUUAAUGUCAGGGAAUAUAAAUAAAUAGAUAAAAUUCAGCAUAUAACCUAAAAAUUAUGUGAGAACUAUUCAGUCAAAUGAGUGUUUUCAGAUAUACUGAAUUUCUUUUUGGAUAUUCAGCUUUAAGAGAACUUCAUAACUUUUUAGGCUGGUAAACAAAUUUACCAUGUGUAUUUUUUUUUCACGCCAGAGCAACUGAAGGAAAAACUCAUAUUGUGCCCAAUCAUACUUCAGCCCUGGGCCUGCAAUUGGAGCACACAGAUCCCAUUGCAAGUUAGGGCUUUAGCAUUUCACGGUGUCAACUCAGUCCUGUGUUCCUCUUACACCACUGAAGUCAUCUGGGUCCUAAAUGGCAGCGGGGCUGAAGAGCACUGCUAACAUUACUGUGUACUCAUGUUUCUGUUAUUUCAUGCCUCCUUUCUAAAGGUGAACUGAGCCAAAGCUUAAUACACAAUAGUCCAGGGUGGCUGGUUUAAAUGAUCUUUUUGUGUAGGCAAUCAAGUGUAAGGAGGUGGAAAGAACUAUAUGUCUUGUUCAUCAAAAACAAAAUUUAAAAUAAUGUGGAAAAAUAACUGCUGAUCAGUGAAGGACUGUAACAGCUGAAUUCUUAUGAAGCAUUUAGUUUACAUACAAACUCCCUGAUGUUUAGGUCAGUGCUCACUAUAUCAACACAAACUGAGAUCAGAAAGCAGCCGAGGGAACUGAAAAGGAAAUGGAGUGUGCAGGGAGUUGAAAGAAGAGUAUUGUAGCCCAGGGUGAGCUGAGAGAUUUGGAAUGCUAUGGGGACAUGCCAGGCAAGGGCUGGAACAGCACAGAAAUGGAGACAGAAUUAGAGCACGGUAGUGGGAAGUGGAGAGGAAAAAUCCCAAAGGUGGCAUACAAAGGGAGAGCAUGGAGGAAAGGAUAAAAUGUCCCAGAGAUUCCUGAGGGACCAGAGAGUGAGCAUGACUCAACUUGGCUAGGAGAGCUAUUGGCCUGAAUUAUUAAUUCACCGUGGCACCAACUCUCAUUGCAGAUAGUAUGCUAAGUAUAAACCAGACUUUUGUGCUGGGAGGAUUGCAGUGGAACAGCAAGAUUUAGAUUAAGGAUUUCACAUGGUCAAGAAAACAGAGAGGAUUCCUGACAGCUAAGAGUACAAGGGAGAGUUAAAAGAAAAACUUAAGGCCCUUCUACACUGACUCAGGAGCCUUGCUUAAAAUGUAAUAGCCUCUGCUUGUUUAAAACCUGUGUUUGCUGAGAGAGUAAACCUGAUGGGUACCUAGCAUGGAUGGCCCAUAAUAGAAAAAGAGAUUUUAUCAAGGGAUUUAGGAGUGCCCUAUGGUGUAUACUUUGGUGGGUGGGCGAAAGAGAUUGGAAUCCUAGGAGUAAAUCAAUCCAAUAAAAAAAAACCAGGGAGGACUAAAAUGGCUGUGGAGGAAGUAGAAAGAAAUAUUAUUGUCGUGGCAUAUAAAUGUAGGUAAAGGAAUGGCAUUGGAAACCUGAAGGAAAGCCUAGAGUGGCUGAUCAGGGUGGCAGGAGAGAAGAAUGAAGAUUAAAAUAGUUCCAAUGAAAAAAGAGGGUAGGUAUGUACAGGGGAGAGAAGCAAUACAGACAAUCCCCGUGUAACGCUGUUUCGCUUAGCGCUAUUUUGCUAUAAUGCUUGUUUUAAAUUUACACCUGAUUUCACUUAGCGCUCAGUGAGCUUUGUUGUAACGCUUGCAGUUGCCAUUAACGCUUGGGUCAUUAAAAACAAUUGCGGUUGCCAUCUUAGGUCAUCAUAUACUUUUGGUUCCACUUAACGCUUGGUUUUUCAGGAACCAAUUAAGAGUGCUAAGCGGGGGUUGCCUCUAGUGUGCAGACCACUGAAUAAAACUGUAUGGGAACUGGAGUGCUCCACAGAAAAGAUAAUGAUAUGGGCACACUAAGUACAAAAACACAGUUUCAGCUUUAUCCCCCAUCCCCUACCUUAGUGUAGUGUUUAAAAAUAUCAACUAACUGAAAACAGCAAAAACCAGAGAACUAGAGUUACUGAAACACUUAAAAUCCCUACAAGAUCCUAUAAAUGUUACUUGAGAGAACAAAGGAGGAUCAGACAAUCUUGAUUUAGAACUCUCUAUCACAUCUGUAUUUUAGUCCCCUCAACAUAGUUACUCUGUACCUUCUUUCUCUGCUAAGUGGAGUCUCAUGCAUGUUUUGAGCGUAUAUUUGGAUGCAUACAAGUAAAGCUGUUGUGGAUCCUUAGGUGAAAGAUGCUAUCUAUAUGUAAGAUUAUCAAGUUUAAAAUAUUUAAAAAAUAAACCUCUUAUCCAAAGAGAUGUGAGCACAGUCUGGAUGCUAAGCCUCCCAUCCUUGCAUUUUUUGAGGGCGCUGUUAUUCCUGCGCAGGUGUCUCCUGCUGUUCUUUCUGAUGCGUUCUUCAUCCUGGUGGUGAUAUGGGCUGCAACUCUGAAAAACGUUUUACUGGCAACCAUUUCUGUGCUCUCAGCUUUCAGGAUUUAUUGAAAACUAAGCAGGGGGUUUGUAACAAUCUGGAAUUAACUUUUCCAUGUAAUAAGUGAAGUUUUAUUGUGGGGCCCAUGCAGGCCAUUUCCCAUUUUUUUAAAUGUUUUUAAAGUUUGCUUACAGCUAAGUUGUUACUUUUAAGACCUGAUUAACCCUGGGUCAGUCAUAUCUAUGUGUAAUAAGAUGUAUGGAUGACAGGGCUGUGGGAGAAUGCUACUGCUGAUCAUAGAUUUGGAUGGAUUCAGAAUAUCACAUAGACUUCACCCUUUUAGUACUAGCAGUAGGCUUUUCUACUUAGUGGGUUCAUCUACAUGUGCACUUUGCUGCAGCUGACUAAUUAGCUCUUCAGUAAAGCAUUACUGUCUACACAUGCACCAGUCUUAAGAUGCAGUAAAUUAAAUCCACUGUAAGAUAGUACAGAGUCAUUACUGUGCAGAAACACGGGUGGACAGUGUCCAGGACCACAGCAGUUUAAGCCAGGGCAGAGCAGCCCUGGGCUGGCAGCAGGCUUGGGGAAUCAGCUACACAGCUCUGCAGUUUUGGCGCACACAUGCCCCAGCCAUCCCCUCUGUUGCCCAAGGCUGCCACCUGGAGCCUGGGGCUGCCCCCCCACCAAGCCUGCUGCCAGCCCAGGGCUGGUCCACCCUGGCUCAUGCUGCUGCGGCCCUGGGUGCAUGCGCAGACACUGCGCCUAGAAGCAGCUGAUUCUAGCACAAACUGUGCCAGGAUUUAUCUUAUCACAUUAAUGGCACAUGUAGAUGCAUCCAAUAUGUUCAGUUAGUAAAGCAAUCAGAAAAUGCAAUCAACAUGUUUUUCUUACUUUUCAAGGGAAACUGAAAAAAUACUGCACUACAAAAAAACCUAAACUGUCUGUAGGGCUCUAACUGAACAUGCAGAGAGCAUCUACAUGUGCAGUUAAUGUGACUGAAUAAACUCUGGCACAAUCUGAGCCAAAGUAAACUAAUCCCAACAUCACUCUCUACACAUGCAUUUAAGCACAGUAAUAUACCCUGCUGUUGGAUAGUACCUGUGUCUGACGGGAUUAUCAAACAGCGCUGUAAAUUAGUCUACACUGACCCAAUUGCUGCUCAUGUGUAGACAGUUACUCUUAACUGCAUAGUAAAUUAGUCUACUAUGCAGUAAAGCACACAUGUAAAUGUGCCUGCAGAUGCUAAAAUUUCUGCAGUACCUCACUUACUGCUGAGGUUGAUACUGCCCUUUCUAUGCAGACCCCACACACCCACUAUUUUGGUAGCUGAAAAAGCCAAUAUGACUUUCCACAUAAAAAGGAGAGAAAUGCACAUCAUCUACCCUCUGCAUAAGAACUGAAAAGCUUUCUGUAUUCAACUUGCCUUUCAGAUGGUCUGGAGUCCUUUUCUGAUCUCUUGAAGUAGGACAGACAACAGUCACCUUAAACCCACAGACAAACAUAGCUUGCGAUACAGAGAAAUUCCUUUCAGCUCUGGGGGAAUAACAACAGGCUUGAGCACAAAGGAUAAAUACUUUGUGAAAGCUGAGGAAAUAAUAUUAACAUCUAUUAAUGUUACAGUAUGUCUGGAUCUCACUGUAAAGAAUCUAGAAUUGUCAAGACAAAAUUAUCUAUCUAGAAUUAAGAAGCAAAGUACUUCUGACUUCCAUAAUUCUAAUUUGUUCUUAAAGUUAUCAGACAUGUGGCCAUGCUGGGUGAUGUGCCUACUCUGAAUUUUUAAAGUCUAUUUUAGAUAAACAGUUAAUUUUUAAAAAUUAGGAAUAUGAGAUUCAGCUUUUUAAAAGUUGUAUUUAGUGGCUGAAAAUUUAUUUCUUUUUAUAAAAAUUCAAAGGAAAAAGUAAUUUUUUGACAUGGUAUACUUGAGCAAUUAUAGUCCAAGGGGGGGUUUUGAAGAGAUGUUAGAAAAUUUUGAAAACAGAAGCUAUAAAUUAAAUGUCUCCUACAACUCUUGUCUACAGUCAUUACUAUGGCAUUAAUUGUGAGCUUUUCUUGCCCCCAAAAUAAGAAAAACUUGUAAUUUGUAACA